AUGCGUGCGAUACGUUGAAGAAUUAAGGAAGUACCGCUGCACAUGAAUGCAUCACCUCUUAAUACAGAGCUGUACUCUCACAAAUUUUUCUGGACUUUUGGACUGGUGUCACCAAACAAACUCAAAAUGCCAUCAAUUUCUUUGCUUUACCUUGGAUUGGUUUUGACCUCCGUUGUUGCAAAUGAUGUGAUGAACUCAACCCAGGAUUCCAGUAGUCCAGAAACCAUUAUCACCCCAACCGCUAGCCCAGUAGUCACCAGUAAUGCCACUUCCACGACCACCUGGGUCACCACAAAGACCUCAAAUACCCUGGAGACCAGCAGAAGCAUGAACGCAUCCGAUAGUAACAGCAACACCACAUCUACUCCAGGAGACGGGAAUGGGACUCGGAUCAGUGAUGGCGGUGUCGCCAGCAGUACCAUCCCCAUGAAGAAGCUUUCACCUACGCCUUCUCCCACCACUAAAAUCUAUCAAUCUACAUCUACAACAAAGCGUAAUCCAACAACCACAAGAAUGCCCACAAAAUCUAUAAUGUCAAGCGAGAGUACUGGAAUCAUCAUCGUGGUCGUAAUCGCCCUUGUAAUCGUUGCGUUUGGUGUCGCUUGCUUUGUGUCACGGAGAAGAGGAAGGCACUACUCCAUUGAUUUUGCCGCGAGCCCCGAUGAAAACGUCCCACUCGAGACCAUAGACCCGGAAGUCCGUGCUGAGUCUGCGCCUCAAAACGGUCUGAAAACCUUUGAUGCCACAGAAACGGCUGCUACUGAGCCAAAAGGACCAGAAGUAGCACCUGAAACACAGGAAGAGAAAAAGGAAGAGGCUGCCAUAACUGCUGCUGCACCCAGUGCUGAGGCUGCUGCUCCACCCAAAGCUGCAGCUGCACCAGAAGCUGCACCGGUACCAGAAGCUGCACCGGUACCAGAAGCUGCACCGGAAGCUCCACCGGAAGCUCCAGCUGCAGCUCCUUCUCCAGACAGCUCGGAGGAAAAACCAAAACCAGAUGAUGCCAAGCAGAGUUCCUCUGCACCCGUGGACCCUCUUGCUGAAGAGAAAACCGAUGAUGAAGGUGCCGUCUCCAACAAGACUUCGGUGGAGUCACUGAAGGAGAUGAAUGAGAACAACAGCAACAACUCUGGCUCCAGCCAGAGGAGAGACCGGCAGAGGAGCAACACAAUCUGGGAAGUCGGUGUGGACUGUCCGGUGUGAGGUACGGCAUCCACCUUGGAUUCCUGCUGUCCCUCAGAGACGAGGAUGCAGAAGAAGCCAGAUUGACUGCAGAGGAUUAACUCACUUCAGCUCUUCUCUGGGUUUGAAGCUUGAUCUCUUGUUGCAAAGUGUAUUUUUGUGUAAAAGUGUGAAAUAUUGUACGUCAUUUUUACAUGGCUUCUGCUCCAACUCAGUGUCCGAUGUACAAAGUAAACUGUGUAUGUGAUGACCUUGUAAUAAAUAAUGUUUUUCCCCUAAAAGCACAAAGAAUGUAUGAGCUGCAAAAACAUGAGAUCUUACCAGGGACCUUUGUUUCUAUUGCAGAUUUUUUAGUACACUUGAAAUAAGACAAAACCAACUUACAUUUACUUUUUAUCAACUUGUAAGUGUUGCUUUAAGUCAAUAAUUCUUGAACAUUUAUAUAAAAAAAGUAUUGGUCCCACUGGCAAAUUAUUUUACUUAUAACAUUGGAAAAAUGUCUUGUUUCAUGGAACUAGUACUUUUUUUAAUCAAUAUUAAGGAAUUAUUGACUUAAAGCAAACUGCAACAUCUUGCUGAAAACUUCAAAUUUUCCCAGUUGAAGUUGAAAAAAUCUGUACAAUCUUUUACUGAAUCAAGAUCUUAAGUCAUGUAUAAAACUUUCUGAAGUCACUUUCUUACUUUUAACUCUAUAGUGAUUUUAAUAGACUUACAUCUUUAAAAAGUUCAUAUUCAUGAACUAUUCAUGCUUUUCCGAUUUCUAUUAGGAGUUUAUUUACUAGUGUUUAUGAGAUGCACUUAUAGAUUUGAGAUGUUUGCCAAAGCCAUUUACGGUCUAUUUAUAAACGUUAUGAGAACGUUGGAACUGAAGUUUAAAAACUGUUUGCAAUCUUCAGAUUCUUUUUUUCAAAGUUGUGAUCGGAGUUUAUUGUAACUAAUAAAUGUUUGCUAAAUUUG